AUGGAGGGCCUCUCCCGGGGGGGGCACCGCUGCCCGCCCCUGCCUCUGGCGAUGGGGUUGUGCUGCUGCCUGCUGCUGCCGCCCGCUGCCGGCUCCUGGAGCGUGCAGCCCCGCAGCAAUUGGUGCUCCUACACGGUGACGAGGACGGUGACGUGCCUGGUGCAGAAUGGCACCUCCCUGCAGCGUGUCUUCCAGGGCUGCCGCUGGCCGCCGGGCUGCGGAGGGGGCAGCUAUCGCACCGUCAUCCGGCCCGCGUAUCGAGUGGCCUACAGGACGCUGACGGCGCUGGAGUGGAAGUGCUGCCCUGGGCACAGUGGGGCCAACUGUGAGGAAGAGCCCCACACCUUCCUCGCUCUGCGUGAUGCUGCACGCCCCAGCACCGCCCCACGUCGCUCUCCCCUGCGCCCCACAGCUUUCUCAGGGUGCCUGAACUGCAGCCACAUCGGGGAGCUGUCAGCACGCCUGGCCACCCUCGAGGCACAGGUGGCCCGGCUCUCAGUGGCAGAAGCUCCCACAUCCCCAACACCCAAAGGUGACAGCUUGGGUAGGGGUCCUGAUACCAGGCAGCUCUGGGGGUCCCCAGCUGCACAGGGGAGCCCAGGGGACAAAGGCAGACCUGGUUCACGGAGACCCCCCGGCCCCUCUGGUCCCAAGGGUGAUGCAGGUGGACGGGGACCCUCAGGCAUUCCCGGGGUGAAGGGUCCAUCGGGACCCCCAGGUCCCCCAGGUCCCCCCGGUCCCCCUGGCCACGAUGGAGCCAGGGGUCUCCCUGGAGAGAAGGGGUCACCCGGCCCCCCCGGCCCCCCUGGGCCUCCUGCUCCUGUGGGGCCAGCUGUACCCUGGCUGACUGACCCAAGGGACCCGCUCCUCUCCAACACCUUCACUGAAGCGGCUGGGGGCAUCGUGGGGCCCGCUGGCCCCCCCGGACCCAUGGGGCCAAUGGGACCCCCCGGCCCCCCAGGACCCAUGGGGCUGCCCGGCCCCCCAGGGCCUGAUGGGAGAGCUGGGGCACCUGGAGCUGCCGGUCCCAGGGGAGACAAAGGCGACAGGGGCCCCAAGGGAGAGCCAGGCAGCCGUGGGCAGGAUGGGGCACAGGGCGAGCCGGGCCCCAAGGGCGAGCCGGGCGACAAGGGCACAUGGGGGGAGGGUUUACACCAGCUCCGCGAGGCUUUGAAGAUUUUAGCAGAGAGGGUUUUAAUCUUGGAAACAAUGAUUGGGCUCUAUGAACCAGAGCCUGGCUCAGGCAGUGGCCCUGGGGGCCCACCAGCACCCAGCACCCCCCGUGCCAAGCGUGGCCGCUCGCCCCCCACUCACCAGGCUCUCCCUGGCCAGCCCUAAGAGUGCAGCCCUGCUGUGUCCCCGCUGUGUACAUGGAGGUCCUGGUGCUACCCGGUGGCAUUGCACCGGUCGGACCCCCCCAGCUUUGGCCCUGCUGCUCUACACCCCAGUUUUGGGGGGUACGGCCACCCCAAUGCUUGGGGGGCUGCAUCCUGCACGCUGUCCUGGCACUACCUGGGCAUUA